AUGAAGCGGGCGGGCUUUACUGUUGACCAUUACACUUUUGCAAGCAUCUUGAAAGCUAUUGGGAACAUUUCGGGCCUAGAGGAGGGAAUGCAGACCCAUUGUCUAGCUCUGAAAACAGGAUAUACUUUUGAAGUUUUCAUACAAAACGGGCUUCUUUCCAUGUAUACAAGAUGUGGUAAACUUGAAGAUGCUGAGAGAAUAUUCUCAUCAAUGGAGGAAAGAGACCUCAUAUCGUGGAACUCGCUUCUUACAGGCUGUGCUCAUCAUGGUUAUGGUAGGGAUGUGAUGGUCAUGUUUGAAGAAAUGAGGAGAUGUGGUAUUAAACCAGAUCUAACCACAUUCCUCACUGUACUUUCAGCAUGUAGACAUGCUGGCCUGCUCGACAAAGGGAUUAAAUAUUUUGAUUUGAUGAAGAAUGACAAUUCUCUACCACCACCAAAGCUAGAGCAUUAUGCUUGCAUAGUCGACCUUUAUGGCCGCGCUGGUCAUCUGCUUGAAGCAGAGGCCUUUAUUAACAAUAUGCCAAUAAAGCCAGGACCUUCGGUUUUUAAAAGCCUAUUAAGUGCUUGCCAACUUCAUGGUAACAAGGAACUUGCCGUGAUUUCUGCCAAGAAGCUUGUUGAACUAUGCCCUAACGAUCCUGCAACGUACAUAUUGCUAGCAAAUGUGCUAGCAUCGGAAGGGGAUUGGAAUGAUGCAGAGGGACAGCGCAAGCUUAUGUUGGAUAGAGGUUUGAGUAAGAAACCUGGUUAUAGCUGGCUAUGA